ACUGUCAUUACAAUUGUCAUGUUAAAAAACUUUAUGCGCCGAAUAGGGACACAAGAGAUCAAAAAACUACUGAAAGUUAAUGAAUGUGGGUUUGAUGGUGUGCUUCAAAAAAUGCAAAUUAUUGAAGCCGGAGAUGGUAUGUGUGUUGGAGAAAUCGUCGUGGAAGAAGAACACACAAACCCAAAGAAAACAUUACACGGAGGAAUGAUAUCCACUUUAGUUGAUACGGUUACCACUUUAGCGCUUUUUACACACCAAAAUUGUGAACGGGUACCAAGCGUAUCGGUAGACCUUCAUAUCACAUUCAUCAAAGCUGCCAAAAUUGGGGAAGAAAUUGUAAUUCAUGCUUGCACUACAAAAGCUGGAGGUACCUUAGGAUUUACAAACUGUCUUAUCAAGAGUAAGAAAAACGAUGACAUUUUAGCAUUUGGAAAUCAUACAAAAUAUUUAUUACGUCCCAGGAAAGUGAAGUAGAAGUUUUAAUAAUUAUGUGUAAA